CCGGAGCCCGUGGGCAGCGAGUCAGUCACCGGAGCCCGUGGGCAGUGGGUUCUUUGCAGUGGCUGCACACGGUGUAUUACAGGUUCGUGGAGGAGACAAUCGCAGGUUUAUUAUCGGAUCCACGCGUACAGACCCUGGUAUCAGCAGGAUGGGAGAGGAUCGCUGAGCAGCUCGAAAUCCGUCAAGAAAUCGUUUCCUUCGGCGAAAUGGCGAAAAGCGCAGAAGUGAAAGUGGCCGUGUUUGGGAGAGCGGGGGUGGGGAAGUCUGCUCUCGUGGUGAGAUUUCUAACCAAACGCUUCAUUUGGGAAUACGAUCCAACCUUAGAGUCGACGUAUCGGCAUCAGGCCACUAUUGACGAUGAAGUUGUUUCCAUGGAGCUGCUUGAUACGGCCGGGCAGGAAGAUCCUAUCCAGAGAGAGGGCCAUGUGCGCUGGGGAGAAGGCUUCAUCGUUGUCUAUGAUAUCACCGACAGAGGGAGCUUCGAGGAAGUAUUACCUUUUAAGAAUCUACUAGAUGACGUUAAAAAGCCGAAGAAUGUUACGCUGAUCUUGGUUGGGAAUAAAGCUGAUCUGGAUCAUUCUAGACAAGUUACCACUGAAGAGGGAGAAAAACUGGCUGCGGAGCUCGCGUGUGCCUUCUACGAGUGCUCGGCCUGCACGGGCGAAGGAAACAUCACCGAGGCCUUUUACGAGCUGUGCCGAGAAGUAAGACGUCGGAAAAUGGUCCAGGGAAAGACCAGGAGGAGAAGCUCUACCACCCACGUGAAACAAGCGAUUAACAAAAUGCUAACUAAAAUCAGCAGCUGAAGAUCUGGUGAAGCCGCCGGCGCGGCACCCGCUGCUGCGGAAACCUUUCCUUGCACCCCGCAGAAAUGAUAUGUUUUAAUGGUAAUGCUUUUCAAGUUGUUCAGUGAGAAUAACCUCAUUAUUUAUUUCCUGGCACAGUUGGGCUUUUGCUAAUCAUGGAACAGCUUUGUGUUCUAAAUGUUAAAAAUAACAAGAUGUUCCG